AUGACUGCACCUGGAAGCACAAUUCGGGAAGCAGACCUUGAAGUAACAGCAUUUUGUUCCUCUGUUCUGCUUCAGAUUAAAGUUCUUUCUGCAACUCCUGGAAAGAUUGUUUGUGAAAUGAAAGUUGAGCAGGACUUCAUAAGCGAACAUGGAGUAAUGCAUGGAGGCUUGACAGCCACCCUGAUCGAUGUUGUGUCAACAGCAGCACUCAUGAACUCAGAAAAAGGAGUACUGGGGCUCAGCACGGAUAUGAACAUAACGUACAUAUCUGCCGCUAAGUUGGGAGAACUAUUGAUUACUGCUCAGAUUUUGAAGCAAGGAAAAAAUAUGGCCUUCACCAGUGUGGAUCUAACAAACAAGGCAACAGGAAAGCUAAUUGCACAAGGCAGACACACAAAGUUAAUGGCAUAUUGAUAUAAGGAAAUGAAAAGAGAAACCUUUGCCAUAAGAAAUUGGUCUUGAAUUAAUCUUCUAGUUUUAAGCUAUAUCUGAAAGCUCUUGGUUAGCUCAUAUAAAAUGGGCUGGUCUCAGUUCCACGAUUAAUUAGCACUAAUUUUCAAUUGAUUGUAGUCCUUCAGGCUUUGACUCCCUUGUCAGAAACAUGUAGAUUGAUUUGCCACUUUAUUGUGCCCAAAGAGAAUGAUAUUAUUAAGGUGAAUUUUUCCAGUCAGGAGUUAGCUUUCCUGACCACAUGGGAAGCUAAUAUUUUGAUGCCCAUGCCACCACACCUGUCAUGAAAAAGUACCUGUCUUCAAGACUGCCAGGUAAUCACUGUUAAUAUCCCAAAUUCAUUAACAGACUACUUUUGGUUGUCUUGUACAAUAACAUGGUAUUAAAAACAACAGGUCUUUAUGAGCUCAUAAAUUGUGAGCACAAAGUAAAAAUAUGUUCCAUUGGGCAGUGGAGGGGAGAACCUACCUCCCUAUUCAUCAUUGAAUUCAAUGUUUAAAGAAAAAGUCCCAGUGGUCAGGUGGAAUAAUUUGACACAUUAACUAUUUAAUGAAAGCCAGUUUAAUUAAUUUAAUAAACACCAGUACAGCAUGCAGAGGA